CUCCACCAGCACCAAAACAUUGCAAAAAAAGGCAGCGAGCCCCACACUUUCGAUAAGGACAAUUAGCCGAAAGAGGGGUGUAAUUAGCGGGGUCCCGCAGCUCAGCAUGCCCCAUCCCAGCUCCUGCCCGCCGGGGCUCCUCGCCCUCCUGGCCCCUUGGCUGGCUCUCCUGGCGCACCUCUCCCUUUCCUCCCAAGCCGGGGACAGGCGAGCGGUCCCGGUGGAGAAACCUCCAGGUGUGAAGGGAAGGACUCUCAUUCUUCUGGAUGUGAACACCAAGAGCCCUGUCAGGGUAACCAGUGAGAACUUCCUCUCCCUGCAGCUGGACCCCUCCAUCAUCCAUGAUGGCUGGCUCGAUUUCCUAAGCUCCAGGCGCCUGGUGACCCUGGCCCGGGGCCUGGCUCCCGCCUUCCUGCGCUUCGCGGGGAAGAGAACCGAUGUCCUGCAGUUCCAGAACCUGAAGAACCCGGCCAAGAGCCGCGGGGGCCCCGGCCCGGACUAUUACCUCAAGAACUACGAGGACGACAUUGUCCGCAGCGACAUUGCCCUGGAUAAGCAGAAAGGCUGUAAGAUUGCCCAGCACCCAGACAUUAUGUUGGAACUGCAGCGAGAAAAGGCAGCUCAGAUGCAUUUGGUUUUGUUAAAGGAGCGGUUCUCAAACACAUACAGCAACCUCACGUUAACAGCCAGGUCUCUAGACAAACUCUAUAACUUCGCCGACUGCUCUGGCCUCCACCUGAUCUUUGCGCUGAAUGCCCUGCGCCGAAAUCCAGAUAACUCCUGGAACAGCUCCAACGCGCUCAGUCUGCUGAAGUACAGUGCCAGCAAGAAAUACAACAUCUCCUGGGAGCUGGGCAACGAGCCCAACAACUAUCGGACAUUGACUGGCCGCACCGUGAAUGGCAGUCAGCUGGGGAAGGACUAUAUCCAGCUGAAGAGUCUGCUGCAGCUUAUCCGCACCUACGCCAGAGCCAGCCUCUAUGGGCCCAGCAUUGGGCGGCCCAGAAAGAACGUCAUCGCUCUCCUGGAGGGGUUCAUGAAGGUGGCUGGCCGCACAGUGGAUGCUGUUACCUGGCAACAUUACUACAUUGAUGGCCGAGUGGCCAAAGUGACGGACUUCCUGAAAACACGCCUGUUAGACACGCUCUCUGACCAGAUCAGGAAAAUCCAGAAAGUGGUAAAUACCUAUGCACCUGGGAAGAAGAUCUGGCUUGAAGGUAUCGGAGCCACCUCAGCUGGAGGCACGAACAAUCUCUCGGAUUCGUACGCUGCUGGAUUCCUGUGGCUGAACACCUUGGGCAUGUUGGCCAACCAGGGCAUUGAGGUGGUGAUGCGACACUCGUUUUUUGACCAUGGACAUAAUCACCUUGUGGACCAGAACUUUAACCCUUUGCCGGAUUACUGGCUCUCGCUCCUGUACAAGCGCCUGGUGGGGCCCAGGGUGCUGGCCGUCCACGUGGCAGGGCUCCAGCGGGAGCCGCGCCCCGGCAGGGUUAUUCGGGACAAGCUCCGCAUCUACGCUCACUGCAGCAGCUCCCACAGCCACAGUUAUGUCCGAGGAUCCAUCACCCUCUACAUCAUCAACCUGCAUCGCUCCCGGAAGAAAAUCAAGCUUGUGGGGACGCUGCGAGAUAAGCUUGUUCACCAGUACCUGCUGCAGCCGCAUGGCACGGACGGGCUUCACGCCCGGUCCGUGCAGCUCAACGGGCAGCCGCUGGCCAUGGCCGAUGAUGGGACACUUCCUGAGCUGAAACCUCGUCCUCUUCGUGCUGGCCGCACCCUGGUCAUCCCACCACUGACCAUGAGCUUCUAUGUGGUGAAGAACGUUAACGCCCUGGCCUGCCGGUACCGAUAGCUCUGCCCGAAAGCCACUGGCCAAGACGAGACCUGCUGGACCUGCUUUAACCCUCCCCUGUCCUCUCGCUUCCUGCACAGAACUUGCUGCCUGUCGGUGGGGCUGUGACCUGCCCAUUGCAGACCGGGCCCCGCUCUCCUGGGGACUCUGCACCCGGAGGGAGGUGCGUCAUCACUGGCAGGUCCUGUUCCCCUUGGAGAAUAGCCACUCAGAGCGACUCCUCCAGCGUGGCCCAAAGGCCCGGCAAACCCUCCCCUCAGCAAUACCUGGCCAGGCUGGCAGCUUGGCCCCGGGAUUGCUGUGCCUGCGGGGGAGAACAUGACUCCAUUGGUGAGACAACUGGCUCCUCCUGGAAAAGCUGGGACCUUGAGGCCCUGGUGCAGUGACAGAGACCUGCGACUCGGGGCGAUGGGGCCUGGGAGUUGGGGGCCACAUGCCCUCUUCACACCGUCAGCGUUUCUUCCACAGGACUAGUGAAAAUCCGGCUGCUGAAUUGGGCCUGUGCGCACGGACGGCCGGGCUCCGAGGGAUCGGAUUGCAGGGGAUAGCGCUGCACCAGGCCGGUUCCUUACUGAUUAGGGGAGCUGGCUCCUUGCUCUGGGGGAAGGGCAGAGACAGGGAGCCCAAGGGUUGUGUUCUUAGCCUGGGACAGGGAGCAGAGGCACAAGCACUGCAACGGGGGCAGAGCUAACCCAGCUGGCUAGAGCCAGCCCAGCCCCUCAGAGCCUCCCCUUCCCUGCGCUAACCAAGGCUGCGGGGAACUGUGGGCAUCAUCCCGGCUCUGCGCUCCCCAGGGCGCUUUGCUCUCGGGCACUUUGCUGGACAGAAGGUGCCUCUCCAGCCUGCCAGAACCCAGCUGCCCUUCCCUCCCCACACUGCCGUGCCACUGCCCAUGGCAGCUCCACCCUGCCAGCCUCCCGGCCGCCCUUCCCUCCCCACACUGCCGUGCCACUGCCCAUGGCAGCUCCACCCUGCCAGCCUCCCGGCCGCCCUUCUCCCCACACUGCCGUGCCACUGCCCAUGGCAGCUCCACCCUGCCAGCCUCCCGGCCGCCCUUCUCCCCACACUGCCGUGCCACUGCCCAUGGCAGCUCCACCCUGCCAGCCUCCCGGCCGCCCUUCUCCCCACACUGCCGUGCCACUGCCCAUGGCAGCUCCACCCUGCCAGCCUCCCGGCCGCCUUUCUCCCCACACUGCCGUGCCACUGCCCAUGGCAGCUCCACCCUGCCAGCCUCCCGGCCGCCCUUCUCCCCACAGUGCCGUGCCACUGCCCAUGGCAGCUCCACCCUGCCAGCUUCCCGGCCGCCCUUUUCCCCACACUGCCGUGCCACUGCCCAUGGCAGCUCCACCCUG